AAAAUAUAAAAGAGUUUGGAAAGAACUGUUCCCCGGAACUGAGUGUUUUACGCUUUGAGGCACCUGAGUUCUAGCCUGAAUUUAAAGGAUUCCUUCCUCUAUAUUUUUGGUAUGGCUGAUCCUUGGCAGGACUGCAUGGAUUAUGCUGUAACCCUAGCAAGACAAGCUGGAGAGGUGGUUUGUGAAGCUAUAAAAGAUGAAAAGAAUGUUAUGCUGAAAAGUUCUCCAGCUGAUUUGGUUACUGUUACUGACCAAAAAGUUGAAAAAAUGCUUAUUUCAUCCAUAAAGGAAAAGUAUCCUUCUCACAGUUUCAUUGGUGAGGAGUCUGUGGCAGCUGGGGAAAAAUGUGUCUUAACCGACAACCCCACGUGGAUCAUUGACCCUAUUGAUGGAACAACCAACUUUGUACAUCGAUUUCCUUUUGUAGCUGUUUCAAUUGGCUUUGUUGUAAAUAAAAAGAUAGAAUUUGGAGUUGUGUACAGCUGUGUGGAAGAUAAGAUGUACACUGCCAGGAAAGGAAAAGGUGCCUUUUGUAAUGGUCAAAAACUACAGGUUUCAAAACAAGAAGAUAUUACCAAAUCACUCUUGGUGACUGAGUUGGGCUCUUCCAGAACACCAGAGACUGUCAGAAUUAUUCUUUCUAAUAUGGAAAGGCUGUUCUGCAUUCCUAUUCAUGGGAUCCGGAGUGUUGGAACCGCAGCUGUCAACAUGUGCCUUGUGGCAACUGGAGGAGCGGAUGCAUACUUUGAAAUGGGAAUUCACUGCUGGGAUGUUGCCGGAGCUGGAAUUAUCGUUACUGAAGCUGGGGGCGUGCUGCUGGACAUUACAGGUGGGCCAUUUGAUUUGAUGUCACGAAGAGUAAUUGCUGCAAGUACUAGAACAUUAGCAGAAAGGAUAGCCAAAGAAAUCCAGGUCAUCCCUUUGCAACGAGACGAUGAAGAAUAACUACAGCAGCCUUACGUUCACUCACGUUGCUUCUCCCCACACUCGCUGACUCGCCGAUGGAGAUCUGUGUCAGAUGUAUGAUACGCUUGGUUUAAAUUGUCUUUGUCAAGAUUAAAAAAUUGGAGCAUAGUCCAUAUUUACUAACACUAUGUCUGUAAGAAGAGAUGUAAUAUUUGUUUCAUUGUUUUAAAAACUUCUGCAUGUGAGAAGGUACUUUAGGAAAAAGGCACAGGAAGUACAGUUCAUCAGAGAAGGAUGACACCAACUGAAAAAGUCACUUAGCAACUUUGCAUUUCAUAGUACUUGUGGUCCUCUGGAAGUUUGACUUACUAUAUUUGUAUAUACACACAGAUACUCAGAAGGUUACCUUUUUGGAAAAAUACUUCUUUUUAGUUUGAAAAGCCAUGUUUAUUUAAAUUUUUAGGAUAUAAUGAGUACUUCCUAGACCUUAAUUUGCCUCUUUGCAGAGAACCUUACUUAUUUUAUUCCUCAGCGUCUACAUAGCACCUCGUGUAGUACCUAUGAAACAGAAGGCAAUCUACAGACAUUGUAAGGAUGACUAAUUUGCAGGAAACAUUUCUUAGUUAUAAUAGAUACAUAAAGUAAUAAACUCUCACUAUUCUGUAUUUUUGCUUAAGGUUCUGAAGUAAGAGUAGCUAGUUCUCUUUCUAACAUUACACAUUUCCUUACUAGAUUGCAAGACAGCAUUGUCUGGCCAAACCUGGGGCUUUGUGCCUAAAGUCCCCGCCCUUUGGUAGGCCCAGGCAGAAAGAUUGCUUGAGGCUAGAAGUUCAAGACCAGCCUGAAAAACAUGGUGAGA